UUUUUCUUGGAUGCCAACCCCUUGGAAUCCUUUUAAAUUCCACACCACAGAGACUGUGUGACUGAAGAAACUGGCUUCCAAUUUGUCCUGGAGUUCAAACUAAAAGUUUCAGCCUCCGCUGAGCACCAAAGCAACCAUGGGUCUGGAGAAGUCCCUCAUUCUGUUUUCAUUGUAUGUCCUGGUGCUUGGAUGCGUCCAGCCUUCCCUGGGCAAGGAAUCCUCGGCGGAGAAGUUUGAGCGGCAGCACAUGGAUUCAGCUGGUUCCUCCAGCAGCAGCCCCACCUACUGCAACCAAAUGAUGAAGAGCCGGGAGAUGACAAAGGGGUCAUGCAAGCCUGUGAACACUUUCGUGCACGAACCCUUGGUAGAUGUCCAGGCUGUCUGCUCCCAGGAAAAUGUCAAAUGCAAGAAUGGGAAUAGCAACUGCUACAAGAGCACCUCAGCCCUGCACAUCACUGACUGCCGCCUGAAGGGGAACUCCAGGUAUCCCAACUGUGACUACCAGACCAGUCACCACCAGAAGCACAUCAUUGUGGCCUGUGAUGGGAACCCCUCUGUACCAGUCCACUUCGAUGCUUCUGUGUAGAGCUCAACCUAGGCCAAAGCAGUGAGAUGUCCAUGUCUUCCAACCUCAUCCUGUCAACACCUGCCUCUCCUUCCUAUCAUUCUUUCCCCAAAAGAAGUAACUCCUGGUAGGACUUACAUGUGACAAGACAUGCAUUCCUGAUCUGUGUCUUGCUCCCAGGCCCCUCUCUUGCCAUAGAGAAAUGAAGCAAGAUGGUCCUCUCCCGAACAUGUCCCUUCAACCUUAGACUUCCUUGACUUCAGAACCAACAACCAAAUAAAGUCCUGUUCACUAUAAA